UGUCCGCCGUUCAGUGUGGCAUGUGGAUUUGUCCUUUGGGCUGUGCAGUGGGUUGUGUGUUGACUAAAAGGUAAAAUGAUUCUUCUGUGUUUGUUCGUCGCAUGUUUCGGUGUUGCCGCAUACGCUAAGAAUGUGCCUGUGCCAAGGGUAAGCCAAGGCUACCUCGUGGACUUAGCGACGGCUCCGUGGCACGUGGGUCUGUACCGGAAGACUGCGAGCUCCCACAAGCAGAUAUGCGGCGGUACCAUCAUUGCCAAGCGUGUCGUUAUAACAGCUGCCCACUGUGUCACUAAAGAUCGACAUAUUGUAUUACCUGCGUCUCAAUUUGCGGUAGCGGCAGGCAAAAUAUAUAGGCUGUGGAACGAUAUACACGAUGUCGAUGCUCAGAAGUCAGAUGUGAAAGAAAUAAAGGUCCCGCCGCGGUACCAAGGAGCAGUGACGAAUUACCAACACGACAUUGCGCUGUUGCUACUCACCGCCCAUUUCAACUACACCGACCACGUAAAGCCCGCCUGCUUGAAUUUUGAUCCCGAAUUCGAUGAAAAACAGCUGCAAGAAGGCCAGUGGGGUAAAGUCGUGGGCUGGGGUCUGACCGGUAAGAACUCGCGGAAGUCUGAAGUGCUCCAAGGAGCCACAUUACAAUACAUCACCAUCGACAAGUGUAUCGAGCAGUGUCCAGCGGGCUUCAGGAGUCUUAUCACAGGGGACAAGAUCUGCGCCGGAUACAAGAAUGGCACGGCGGUGUGUCGCGGCGACAGUGGCGGCGGCCUCGUGCUCCCAGAAGUAGUGGACGGCAUCGAAUGGUACUUCCUGCGUGGCGUCAUCUCCACGUCCCCCACUUCUGCGGGGUUGUGCAACAUCUACACCUGGUCCACCUUCACACACUUGCUCCAACACGAGCACUUCGUUAAGUCCGUAUUGCCUGAUGUAGAAAAGACUUGCGGCAUAUUCGGUGGCAUCAGGCUGCCGCGUUUAGUUGACUCGAAUCAGCGUUCAGAAAAUUGUAAAUGCGUUUGUACUUCGGGAACUUAAUUUUUAUUUUUUUGUUUUUGUUUUUUGUAGGUAUUUAUAUUGCAUUUUGUUACAAAUAAAUAUUUAUUCUAUGUUUUUCUUAUGUUUUUAAUUACGGCAAUGACCACAAUAUUAACACAACAUUGCUGCACGAUUAUAUAGCCACUACUAGCACAAUAAGUUAGAAUAAGCCAUUAA